GCAAGACUAGCAAGAGGUGGCGGGGCAGGUUUCUCGAAUUGGCGGAAGCCGAGGGAGGGGGGCGGCGCCGAGAGACAGGGAAAGGGGUUAAAAACGGAAGGAAACCCAACAAGUGAACCACCACCAGGCCAGCCCAGACAGCCAGCCGAGCGGGGGGAAGGAGAAGGGGAAGGGCGGCGAGGAAGGCCGCGUCGUGUUUCUCCUCCUCCCGUCUCCCCAAUUCUCCAUCCAUUCCCCUUGCAUUGUUCUUGAUUCGGUUCGGUCCCAUCCUCCCCGAAGAGCAAGGCUGAAGGAGAAGACAGGUUAGGGAGCGAUGGGAUGCUUUUCAUGCUGCUGCGCGGCGGACGACGGUGUUGGCAAGAGGAAGAAGCACGACGAUCCCUAUGUUCCUCUCCCUGCUCAAGGCGGUAACUAUGGACCUAGCCGGCCCCCAGCCCCUACCUCUGUCAUCCCCACAGGCAGAGCUCAGCCAAUUGCAGUACCGGCCAUUACCCUGGAAGAGAUUAAGGAAAUUACAAAGAACUUCAGCAAUGAUGCUCUUAUCGGCGAGGGCUCGUACGCCAGAGUCUACUUUGGUGUGCUUAAAGACGGAACGAAGUCUGCCGUGAAGAAGCUUGACUCCAGCAAACAGCCUGAUCAAGAAUUCCUUGUGCAGGUUUCAGCCGUCUCAAGAUUGAAGCAUGAGAAUGUACUCCAACUUCUUGGAUACUGCAUUGAAGGGAACAUCCGUGUUCUUGUUUACGAGUUCGCAACAAGAGGCUCAUUGCAUGAUAUCCUCCACGGAAAAAAGGGUGUCAAGGGAGCCCAGCCAGGGCCAGUCUUGUCAUGGAUGCAGAGAGUGAGGAUCGCCGUGAGUGCCGCAAGAGGGAUUGAGUUCCUCCACGAGAAGGCGGAGCCUCGUGUUGUCCACCGUGACAUCAAGAGCAGCAAUGUGCUGCUUUUUGACAACGACGUUGCAAAGAUGGGCGACUUUGACAUCUCCAACCAGGCCCCUGACAUGGCCGCGCGCCUUCACUCCACCCGUGUUCUUGGCACUUUCGGCUACCAUGCACCAGAGUAUGCGAUGACUGGGCAGCUUAGCCCAAAGAGCGACGUCUACAGCUUUGGAGUUGUGUUGCUGGAGCUCUUAACCGGCCGCAAACCUGUUGAUCACACGCUGCCCCGUGGCCAGCAGAGCCUAGUGACAUGGGCUACACCAAGGCUUAGUGAAGACAAGGUGAGGCAAUGCGUGGAUCCAAGGCUCGGAAAUGAAUACCCUCCAAAGGCUGUCGCCAAGAUGGCUGCUGUGGCAGCUCUGUGCGUGCAGUACGAGGGUGACUUCCGUCCCAACAUGAGCAUCGUCGUCAAGGCCCUGACCCCCUUGCUGCACAGCCGGUCGAGCAACCGCGCCUCUGCCUCCGCCUCCGCCUCCGUCGCCAAGGGAUCUGGACUGUGAUUCCAUGUGUGCUGCCUUUGCCUUGGAUCUUGUGCAUCGUUUGAUGUGCAGUGGCUGAGCUUUCGCGCCGAGAAGAGCUUGCUGUGCUGCCGUCUCCUUCCAUCUGGCUUGCUCUGCUGUACAUUGUUGCGAGCGAUAUCCUGCUUGUGUGCCCUCCUUCUUAAACUCAAGAAAAUGGUGAGUGAUGGAUGAUACUUCCUGUUUGGUCUCUUUUGGAAUGCAAAAUCCACCAGGUUUGGUUGA